AGUAACUGUCACUUAUUACUUUUAGGAUAUUAAGCUGUACGGGAAAAAGCAUUGUUAUUAUUGUUAUGUUUCUGUAUAUGUAGGUUUUUAAAGUUUAAAAUGGUUUAAGUGUGUCUGUAUAUCGAAAAAUAAAAUAAGACAAGCAUAUUGCAUACUAUGUCUUCUCAAUUGACAGACGAUAUUAAUGACAUAGCUAUGACAGGCUCAGAAGCUGAUUCGUCUCAAGCUCACGGAAACGAAGCUACAUCAAGUGUGACUGCUGAUGAUGCAUCAUCAACUGCAACUACACCCAAUGAGAGUCAAGCCUCCAGACAAUCCAACUUGCAGCGCAUCCAGCAAAGGAAGCAGCAGGUUUACAAUUGGUCGCACAACAAGAAGCUUUUAAAACUGGCCAUAUAUUCAGCCUGUCAGGAACAAGACUGUAAUUGCAACGGUUGGAAGACACCAGUGCAACAGGCGGCAAAAACAAAUGCUAGGGCGAGUGAUCAGCCACCAGCAAACUUUACUGAUCCAUGCCGGAACUGCAAUCAUAUUUUAGAGUCUCAUAUAACACAGCUCAAAGGUGUUUCUGUGACUGAAGUCAAUAGAUUGUUGGGGGCCGUUGUUGAUGUCGAGAAUAUCUUCAUGUCAAUGCACAGAGAGGACGAUCAUGAUACCAAACGUGUUUAUUACUAUCUAUUUAAGCUUCUCAGGAACUGUAUACUAACCCGGUCCCAGCCUCGCAUCGAAGGCCCUUUAGGGCAGCCUCCCUUUGAGAGGCCGUCCAUAGCGAAAGCCAUAACAAAUUUUGUGUUAUACAAGUUCAACACACUACCACAGAGGGAAUGGCAGACAAUGUAUGAUCUAGCGAAAAUGUUCCUACACUGCUUCAACCACUGGAACUUUGAAACGCCUAGUGUCAGGAAAAUGCAAGUUUCAAAUCCAGACGACAUAUCAGCCUAUCAAAUCAAUUACACCAGGUGGGUGGUGUUCUGUCAUGUGCCAGCGUUCUGUGAUUCUCCUCACUACGAGACAUCCGUUGUGUUUGGUCGGACACUACUACGUGCUGUUUUCAAAUCAGUUUGCAAACAACUCAUGGAUAAAUGUCAUUUGGAAAGAGAUAGAAUGCCCCCGGAGAAAAGAGUGCUGGUCCUGAACCACUUUCCAAGAUUUUUGGGUCUGUUGGAGGAAGAGAUCUUCAGUGUGAACUCGCCUAUAUGGGACCCCGACUAUAAACAAAUGCCGCCUAACCACUUGCAGGCUAUAUUAGAUAAUAAAACUCCCGGAAAACGCGGCGAGUUCGAACGCGUCACAGCCUCCGGCGAGAGCAAAGACGGGUUCACAACGGUGACGCUCUCAUCUGGUUCAAUAAAGCAGGAGGCUGUUAAGAGGUCUGAGGGUCGAGCGUCUAGCGAGGUGGCUGCCAAGCGGAAGCGGCUCGACGAUGACGUCAGCGAACGGACUGUAGCGGAAAUAGUGGCCACUAUCACAGACCCCAACUACAUGUGUGGACCGGAUGCUCUGUUCCAAAUGCAAGCUCCGCGAGACGAAGCCGCCAAGCUGGAGGAGCAGCGGAAGCUGAUAGAGUUCCACGUCAUAGGAAACUCGCUGACCGGACCCGUGAACAAACAGACAAUGCUGUGGCUCAUCGGUCUGCACAACGUGUUUUCUCACCAGCUGCCUGAAAUGACCAAAGAGUACAUAUCACAGCUCGUCUUUGAUCCGAAACACAAAACACUGGCGCUGAUCAAAGAAGGUCGACCGAUCGGCGGCAUCUGCUUCAGAACAUUCCACUCCCAGGGCUUCAGUGAGAUAGUUUUCUGUGCUGUGACCUCGAACGAGCAAGUCAAAGGUUACGGGACACAUCUCAUGAACCACUUGAAGGACUACCACAUCAGGAACAACAUAUUACAUUUUCUGACAUUCGCUGAUGAAUUUGCCAUUGGUUAUUUCAAGAAGCAGGGUUUCAGUAAAGAUAUCAAGCUCCCCAGAGCGAUGUACUCCGGCUACAUAAAGGACUAUGAGGGAGCUACGCUGAUGCACUGUGAACUGAACCCUCGCAUCGUGUACACAAAGUUCACUUCUGUUAUUCGGACGCAGAAAGAGAUCGUCAAGAAAUUAAUAGACAUGCGUCAGAAGGAAGUGCGGAAGGUAAAUCCUGGCUUGACGUGCUUCAAAGAAGGCGUCCGCAGUAUCCCGGUGGAGUGCGUCCCGGGCGCGCGUGAGGCGGGCUGGCGGGAGGUGAGGACCCGCCCGCCGGUGGACGGUGACGAUAACCACGCAGCGCUGAGAUCAGUGCUCACAGCGGUCAAGAAUCACGCCUCAGCCUGGCCGUUCUUGAAGCCGGUCGAUAAGACAGAAGUGCCAGACUACUACGACCACAUUAAAUAUCCGAUGGAUCUCCGUACGAUGGGCGAGCGACUCAAAUCCCGUUAUUAUUCAUCUCGUCGCCUCUUCGUCGCAGACAUGGCGCGGAUCUUCUCUAACUGCAGACUCUACAACUCACCCGACACCGACUACUAUAGAUGUGCGAACACUCUCGAAAAAUAUUUCCAGGCCAAGAUGAAGGAGGCUGGACUGUGGGAUAAAUGAAAUUAAAAAAAACUAAAACAUUUCAUACAUUAAAGAAAACAUUAAUAUUCACUACACGCGAGUUAAUUCCAAUGUGUUAUUAGAUAGUAAGCAACAGUUAAAUUAAUUUUAUUAGAAAAAUGUCGACAUCUCACCUGUGUACUAGUAGAAGCUUAUUCGCUUAUUUUUUUUUUUUUUGUUUAAGACAAAGUACUUCAAUUGUCAUUGUAGUACCCUAGUAGGUACUUUUUCCUAUUGUAACUUAACAAUGGGAACGUUAUAUCAAAUACAGAUUAAGGGAAAGGAAUUGUGAUUGUUAAAUUAGUUCAGGUUUGUAAAUAGGUUUUUAGAAUCAUUAAAAUAAAAGUCUGAUAUAAAUACUGUA